AUGCCCUCCCCAGUCCUCAGAACCGCUUCUCCUUACACCGAUCCCUCAGUAAAAGGCCCCAAGUCUCAGCAGCUCUCUGACGGCCACUCCCAUCAUCAUACUCUUCAGCACAUCAAGAUGACUCCGAACAACAAAGUCAAUAAGACCUCUCUUCACCCUGGUGGCGUUGAACCCCACCAUGAAAGGGAACACACCGAACUAGAGGAGGAGCUACAUGAGAAGGCACACAUCGACUAUGACAGAGUCGCCAUCAUUCCCAACCCCUCGGUUGCCGCGUUAUACGAAGAUGCUCUCGUUUACGAGAUGGGCUCAGCCAUCGCUUCCAGCGGUGCACUGACCGCAUACUCCGGCGCGAAGACUGGCCGAUCCCCUUCCGACAAGAGAAUCGUCAAGGAGCCGUCAUCGGAGAACGAUAUCUGGUGGGGACCUGUCAAUAAACCGAUGGGACCAGAGGUCUGGAAGAUCAACCGCGAACGUGCGAUUGACUAUCUCAACACCCGAACGAGGAUCUACGUCAUCGAUGGCUAUGCCGGCUGGGACGAGAAGUAUCGCAUCCGGGUCCGCGUCAUCUGUGCUCGCGCCUACCAUGCCUUGUUCAUGCGCAACAUGCUCAUCCGCCCCUCGCGGGAAGAGCUGGAGCACUUCCACCCCGACUACACGAUCUACAAUGCCGGAAGCUUCCCCGCCAACCGAUACACCGAGGGCAUGACCUCGGGCACCUCGGUGGCCAUCAACUUCGCCGACAAGGAGAUGGUCAUCCUCGGAACCGAGUACGCCGGCGAGAUGAAGAAGGGCGUCUUCACCGUCCUGUUCUACGAGAUGCCCAUCAUUCACAACGUCCUGACCCUGCACUCCUCCGCGAACGAGGGCAAGAAUGGUGACGUGACGCUUUUCUUCGGCCUGUCGGGUACCGGGAAGACGACCCUGUCUGCCGAUCCUAACCGAGCCUUGAUCGGCGACGACGAGCACUGCUGGACCGAUCGAGGCGUCUUCAACAUCGAGGGUGGCUGCUACGCCAAGUGCAUCGGCCUCUCAGCCGAGAAGGAGCCUGAUAUCUUCGGCGCCAUCCGCUUCGGUUCCGUGCUGGAGAACGUCGUGUUCGACCAGGAUACCCGAGUCGUAGAUUACGACGACGCUACCCUUACCGAGAACACGAGAUGUGCGUACCCCAUCGAAUACAUCAGCAACGCAAAAAUCCCCUGCCUGUCGGAGAGCCACCCUAGCAACAUCAUCCUACUCACCUGCGAUGCUCGCGGCGUACUGCCGCCGAUCUCCAAGUUGAACAGCGCCCAGACCAUGUUCCACUUCAUCUCCGGGUACACCUCGAAGAUGGCGGGCACGGAGGACGGUGUGACGGAGCCCCAGGCCACCUUCUCGUCGUGCUUCGCGCAGCCCUUCCUGGCGCUGCACCCGAUGCGGUACGCCAAGAUGCUGGCGGAGAAGAUCGAGAAGCACUCGGCCAACGCCUGGCUGCUCAACACGGGCUGGGUCGGCGCCGGGUACGUGCACGGCGGCAAGCGCUGCCCGCUCAAGUACACGCGGGCGAUACUCGACGCCAUCCACUCGGGCGAGCUCGCCAAGGCCGAGUACGAGACGUACGACGUCUUCAACCUGCAGGUGCCCAAGUCGUGCCCCGGCGUGCCGUCCGAGCUGCUCAACCCGCGCACCGCGUGGACGGCCGGGUCGGACAACUUCAGCAUCGAGGUCAAGAAGCUCGGCGCCCUCUUCAUCGAGAACUUCAAGAAGUACGAGUCGGAGGCCACGGACGAUGUCAAGGCCGCGGGACCAAUUGUUUAA